CGUCAUGCACAAACGACGCUCUACUAGUCAGUCAGUCGCUUGCCGAUCGUGACACGAGUCAGAGAGUUUUGUAAUGUCGGAGGUAUUCAAACUGGGUGAUUUAGUAUGGGCGAAGAUGAAGGGAUUUUCGCCUUGGCCUGGCCGGGUGUCAAAUCCUUCAAAGGACUUAAAGAAACCAACGAAUACUAAGAAGGGGCCAGUUCAAUGUAUAUUCUUCUUUGGAACAAAUAAUUACGCAUGGAUAGAGGAAUCCAAUAUAAAACCAUAUCUUGAAUACAAAGAGACUCUUAUAAAAUCUAGUAAAGCUGGUGCAUUUAAAGAUGCAGUAGAGGCAAUAGAAGAGUUUAUUGCCAAUGGAGAGGUGUUUGAGGAUGGCUUAGAUCCUGACUCCUUAUUUGACAGACUUAAAGAAGAGAGUAUGUCUAAGGAGAAGAGCGUAGUAAAGACUCCUAAGCCUCGUAAGGAAACACCAAAAACAAAAAGACUGGACACCAGUACAAGUGAUGCUCGCCGUCCAGCUAAAAAGCAGCGUAGAGAAUCGAAUACAAGUAACAGUAAUAGAGUAGGCAGCAUCAGUCCUGCAAUGAACCAUUCAACAUCACUUAGGAAAUCAGGAUCAACACUCCUUAAUAGGCCUGCAAAUAUUGCCAGACCUGUGACACCGCCUUUAGAUGUGGAAACGUUGUCGCAAACCCUUAAAGAGAAAAACAUCCUUCCGUCGACCUUGAAAUUUGGGUUCCUUGGUUUGGGUAUCAUGGGUAGCGGCAUCGUAAAAAACCUGAUCAACAGUGGGCACAGCGUAAUUGUGUGGAAUCGGACGCAAGAGAAGUGUGCGGACUUCGUGAAAGCUGGGGCAGAACAGGGUUUGACACCAUCGGACGUCGUAUUGGCAGCUGACAUUACAUUUUCCUGCGUGGCUGAUCCUCAAGCGGCCAAAGACAUGGUGUUCGGAAACUGCGGGGUGCUCACAGAAAUCUCCCCCGAGAAGGGGUACGUGGAAAUGACCGGAAUAGACGCGGAGACGUCGCAGGACAUCGCUGAGGCGAUAACUGCGAAAGGUGGGCGAUAUUUGGAGGCGCAGGUGCAAGGUAGUAAAACGCAGGCACAAGAGGGUACAUUGGUGAUCCUUGCGGCCGGAGACCGGACAUUGUUCGACGAAUGUCAGUCGUGCUUCGAGGCCAUGGGCAAGAAUAGCUUUUACCUUGGCGAGGUGGGCAACGCAUCCAAAAUGAACCUUGUGCUUCAGCUGAUGGCGGGAGUCACUCUGGCCGGUUUGGCCGAGAGUAUGGCGCUGGCGGAUCGCGCUGGCCUUCAACAGAAAGACGUGUUGGAGGUGUUGGAGUUAACAUCAUUGGCUUGUCCUGCAAUUCUUGACAAAGGAAAAGCUAUCAUCGAAGGCGGCUUCCCAACGCAGCUACCCCUGCAACACAUGCAAAAAGACUUAAGACUCUCUUUAGGUAUGAGCGACCAGCUGGAGCAACCUCUACCAUUGGCAGCCGCGGCGAACGAGGUCUACAAGCAUGCUAAACGCCUUGGCUACGGAGAACACGACGCCUCCGCUGUCUACAUCAGAGCCAGGUUCUAACGGAGCAUGCAACGUCGAGCUUUCGCUAUACCAUAUUUAUUGCAAUAUCUAAACGUUGUUUCCCGUCGCUACCAGAGAAGAGUAGUGCGCUAUUUUGUCGACGAGUAGCGAGGCCACUACACGGUCAGGCGCGCAAACAAUAACGCCGUUUGCGAUGAUUGUUGAUCGCCGCGAGGUUGUUGGAACAGUAACACACACAGUCUGUUGUCGCUGAAAGGAACCAGAACCAAAUUCAACGCACCGGAGCGCGUUAAAACGGUAUACUCCAAUGCACACGAACACAUACACACACAAUGAUCAAUGAAUGUAUAAAUGUACUUGUACGGUUUUUUACACGGCUUUUUUUGCAACGAAACUCAUUUUGUGUAUAUUACAACGACUUGGUUUUUCUUUCUUUACGAUAUGUUUUUUAUUUUUCUCUGUUUUUCCUUUGUUUAAAAAAAAGAAGAAGAAAAAAAAGGUAUACUUGGCGACUACUUUUCUCGAGAACUGCGCGCGUGGGUUAUGGUAGCCGAUCUCUCGAAUCGCAUCCCGACUUCGACGCCCGUAAAACGCACCCCUCGUUUGAGAAACUUGAGAGAGACUUGGGGCGUGUCGAAAAUGUGCCUUACGAUACCCGUUCGAAGCAAGGCUUUCCUUUUCCCUAAGUUCUUUUUCGUUUACCGCUCGAGACCGAGCGGAGGGCGAUGAUUUCGUUCACUUGUGAUUGAUACAAUACGGCGGAGUUUGAUGUACACGGCGAUCGAUGAUCGAGGGCGACGCAUAGAAGAAUACCGAUAGGGAAAAGGGAACGGUGGGGGUAGAUUAUACUUUUCGUUGGUGCAAUCAUUAAACUAUAAUUCAGCGAAAUUUGUAAAAAAAAGAAAAUAAUGUCUGGCAGCACUUUGAGAGCGUUCGCCAAAUCGAGUAACGAAGGCAGGAACAACGUUUUUGAGUUCGCCCCGUUCAUCCAGUUGUUAAACAUUGAUUUUAUACGGCUGUUCUAAUUUUUGUUCGAUCAGAGGUGUGAUUCCCGACAGCGUUUCCAAUGAAUCUUUACAACUGAAAACAUAUCGGUUUUCACAGGCCUAUUCAAAGACGUGUCGUACGCUUUCUGUUUUCGAUUUACUCGAUUUACGAUGAUUCCGACGGAACGCCGUUGACGCUUUGUUUCGCAUAAGCAAUUAGAACAAUGUUUCGCGCUCGGCGCAUCUUCGGCUUUUUUUCGUUUUCAUCGACGCGGCUCCUAAUCGAUAAGCCGAAAACAACGUCGAAAUCAUUCAGUCUCUGUAACACGAAGAAAGCGAAGGAGAGCACUAUCGAAGUGUCGAGCAUGAAUUAAUAUAUACAUAUAUUUGUAUGUAUGCUGCUAUGUAUAGAGGCUUUCGGACACGCUGAGUGUUUCUUUUACGAUUAUUAUCAUUCUUAUGUUUAAUGAGAUUCAAUCGUCACCCGGUGAGGUUUGAAUCAAACGGUCGGUAUGGGGUUGUUGUCUAGUUACUUGAUCCACGAGACUAUUUUCACUAUGGAAAUUCAAUUCGCGUCUGUGCGAGCAGAGAAAUCCGACUUUUUAUAAAUAGGGGAAUUCGGGGGAAAAAAUGUUAUUGUCGAAGAGGGACGUGAGCAGCCGACGUGCCUCCGUUUACGGAUGUCGUUGUGGCCCUCACGAGCGACACGCGGCGAAGUCGAGAGCGAGCCCGAAAGGUUGCGAGUCCGUUCGCAGAGACGGAUUUAAAAAUCGCGAGCCGAUCGCGCGCGUUUCGCUUUACGGGGGAUCAGAAAUCGAUCAGAGAGAUCUACUCUCUGCCGCUCGAUCAUCAUCAAAUGUUCACAACAAACGCUUGUUAUGGGCUUUCCUAGCUCCUCGGGGACCGGUAAAUAUUUUUCUAAAAUUCAGUGUUGAUCGCGUCGAUGUUCAACCAUCGGUACCCGAAGAAUGUUCGAAUUCAACGACGACAUCGUAACUACACCUGUAAACAAAUGCGUCGAAUUCCGAUCCUCGAAUGUAAAAGGGAAACUCGCGUCGACUCGCUCGUUUUGCAGACUUUUGGUCGCGUGGGCGACCAUGCGACACAUAGCUGUAAACAGUGGCUAGACGCCCAUAUCACAUAAUGUAUAUGUAAUUAGAUUAUCGAUAUAGUUUUUAAUGUUAUAAUGAUACAUUGUGCAUCUACGUGAUGAACAAGGAACGAUGAAAAUAGAAAAAAUAUUAAAUAUUCUACAGCAAGCAUAAAGAAAAAAAAAAUUAUAUAUAUAUAUAUAAAUAUAUAAAUAUAUAUAUAUUAUAUAUAUAUACAUAUAUAUAGCUAGUAAAGUGUAUAAAUCACAGAGAGGGAGGAAUUCCGUGUGAGUGCGAUCGGGUGAGUGAGAAUACGUCAUGAGCAUUGCGUCAGUAACUUGACGUUAUAUGUUUUGUCACGAAAUAACACUGGUUUUUGAAUAAAUAUCUAUUUGAAUUACGAACAUCGAUACUCAAUGCCUGAUACGCGCGCGGAUUGUAAAUGUAUCUAUUUCACACACGUACUAUCCCCCGAUUACGUUUUUUCAUCCGGACUUUUUACUUUUUAUUUUCUCUUUCAUUGUAAUCUACUCAUCCUUAAACGUAUCAGUAUAUAAUUAGUACAUAGGCACCUACUGUACCUUAAAAUCGUGCUUGAUAAGAAUUGAAUAUUGUUUUUUAACAUUUGCGGGAUUAUUUCUCUAUUUUAAUAGAAGUUACAUAAGGUAGGGACAAAAUCUCGAAUAAUGUAGACAUAAAAAUUACUAUAUUUUAUAUACUAUUAAGCGUAUAUUAAAAGAAAAAUUAAAAUCGA